AUGACAUCGAUCGCCGGAUCGCUCCAGGCUGCGUUGCCUAAGCCCAGAUAUACGGGAGAGGAUGAAGAGACUCCCGCGCGGGCGCAACAACGCGGUGUUCGAAUUGUAGGCCCCGGCCAGCUCGACGAAACGCAGCUCGUUCUCAAGCGAUCUGGCCCUCCUGCCUACGGUCAACGUUCAGGAUGGCGUCCUCGGUCGCAAGAAGAUUUCGGAGAUGGAGGCGCCUUUCCAGAAAUCCCGAUCGCUCAGUAUCCGUUAGAGAUGGGAAAGAAGGGUGCGAACUCCAGCAACGCGUUGGCAAUUCAGGUUGAUGCCGAAGGCAAGGUCAAAUACGAUGCCAUCGCGCGACAGGGCCACAGCGAAAGCCGCAUAGUCCACACCUCCUUCAAAGAACUCAUCCCUCUUCGACAGCGCGCCGAUGCGGGCGAGAUCGAUCUUUCGCGACCUGACAAGGAAUCUGUCGAGGCUACAACAGAGAGGACGAAAAAUGCACUGGCCGCACUGGUCAGCGGUGCAGUAGCAGCCCAGAAGCCGAAGAACGUCAACAUUGGACAGCGAAAAGACCCUACCUUCGUUCGAUACACGCCAGCAAACCAGAUGGGCGACAAUUCUAAGAAGCAAGACCGCAUCAUGAAGAUUGUCGAACGACAACGUGAUCCUAUGGAACCCCCGAAAUUCAAACACAAGAAGAUUCCUCGAGGACCCCCUUCGCCGCCUCCGCCAGUCAUGCAUUCACCACCUCGAAAGCUUACAGCCGAAGAUCAAGAGAUGUGGAGGAUUCCUCCCCCUGUUUCGAACUGGAAGAAUCCCAAGGGUUUCACUGUACCUUUGGAUAAGCGUUUGGCAGCAGAUGGAAGAGGCCUUCAGGAUAUUGCUAUCAGCGACAAACAUGCUCAGUUUGCUGAAGCUGUCAAGAUGGCUGAGCGCCAUGCUCGUGAGGAGGUUCAGCAACGCGCGAUGAUGCAACAGCGUUUAGCAGAGAAGGAGAAGGCGCAGAAGGAGGAUACUCUCCGAGAACUGGCCCAGAAAGCUCGCGCGGAGCGAUCUGCUGCUGGCCGUGGACGCAGGGACUCUCAAGAUUCCAGAGACUCAAGAGACUCAAGAGACUCAAGGUCACGAUCGCGAAGUUACAGUUAUUCUGAGUCAGACCGCUCUGACAGCGAAGAUGAUGAAGUUAAAGAGCGUGUCAAGGCACGACAAGAGAAGCAAAGAGAGGAGGAGCGAAAGCUGCGUCAGAAUCGUAUGGGUGCUGAGCGACGAGCUCAAGUUAUGGCCCGUGAACAAGGCAGAGAUAUCUCGGAGAAGAUUGCUCUAGGUCUUGCUAAACCUACACAAUCAAAGGAGACGAUGUACGACUCGCGAUUAUUCAACCAGACAAGUGGAUUUGAUAGUGGCAUCAACGAGGACAACCCGUACGACAAGCCUCUCUUCGCCGCACAAGACGCCAUUACCAGCAUUUAUCGACCCAGAGCAAACGCUGACGAUGACGACGAUGCCGAGGCUGGUGACCGUGAAAUGGCCAAGAUCCAAAAGAGCAGCCGUUUCGGUGAAGCCCUUGGCAAGGGAACUUUCAAGGGCGCCGCAGACGCAGAGGCGCGAGAAGGACCAGUUCAAUUCGAGAAGGAUGCAGGAGAUCCUUUUAAUGUGGAUAAGUUCUUGUCCGAGGUGGACCAGAACUCAACAUCAAAGCGAGGUUACGGCUUGCAGGACGAAGACAACAGACAAUCUAAGCGACCACGAGUUGACCCUGACGAUGAUGAAGAUUAA